ACCAGGAGGGAGGUAUAAAUGUAUGGGUGCGCUCACCUGGGCCUCUAUGAGCAUGUCUGCAUAAGGUUUUUAAAUGGCUCACUGUAUCACUACUGCUGGACUAGAAAGGCAAAGUGACCUACUGCAAACACACUGUCGCCCGUAAGCCACAAGUCAUGAUGGAGACAGCAGAGUAUUCUAAGAGAGUGUACCAAGGUGUAAGGGUCAAGCACACUGUCAAAGACCUGCUAGCUGAGAAACGAUCAAGGCAAACGAAUGUACCACGAUUCAACGCUGCAACUAGUUCCUCCCAGCCAGCAUUUGUACAAAUGCCAGGUGCUCACAUGCUUCCUGGAUACUACAGCAUGCGGAGGCCUUUCCUUCCCGAUUCUGAGUUGUGCCACCCAAUGAAGCAGUACUCCUCAGACUCAUACUCUUCUGCUCUGGGCAGCAAGGCCUUCCCUUAUGAUCACUCGUCCAGCUACCCCCCUUUCAUUGACAGCUACUACCCGCCAGAUUCUUUCGGAGAUUACAGAAGUGCGACUGCUUACACGGCUGGUGGAGGGUCACUGUUUUCCCCGUCUGCACUAUCUACACUGCUACCUUCUCUGUCCGGCGAGACGUCAUCUCAUCUGCUCUUGAGAGAUCCAUGGGAGCAGCCUUCUGAAGAUCAUGUCACUCAGCCGGAGGUUCUUUGCCCUGAAGGCACAGCCCCAGUGGCAGAUUCCCCAUCUCUGGGUGCUGAUUCGGGAAGCUCCUCUCCUUAUCGGCUUUCAGCAAGCCGCAACAGUGGAUCUGUCCCCUCCAGCUCGCAGCCUUACACUCUGCAAACACUGGAAGACGUCCAUUACCCAGCAGCCAGUUACAGCUCAGCCUCCAGCUACUCCUGCCCUCCAUACAUGACUAAUCCAGGCGACCUGACCGCGGUGAAGAUGGCGUCUGUGUCUUCAGAUGAGGCUGGCGGUGGUGUAGCGUCUCUCAGUGACACCACUGCUCAAGGAUGGGCCAAGGAUGAUGGAACCAGCCCCUGGAUGUCUUAUGAAACACGAAGGUCUUUUUAAAAGGCUCUGAAGCACUUUAGUGGAUGUAGAACUGAACUGAUGAAGAAGUUAGAACCUGAAAUAUGGCACCCAAAAACUGGUGGAUUUUCAGCUGAAGUUUGCAAUAAGCAUAUCAGCCCAUAUUAAUGAGGUCUAUAGCUGUGAGACAGCAAUUUUUUUUUUUUUUUAGAGCUUAGGAAUUUUAUUUCAAAAUGACCUCAGACAAAUACAGGUUCCUGUUGGAUUCAUUGACAGUUAUUAUGAAUAGCUCUAGCAUGUGGGUGGAUUUAGUAAUCAACAAACUUUCAUUAUUCUUUGUCUUUUAUGAAUGAUCGGUACUGACAUAUUAAACAUGCUUCAGAUCAGACAUCUGCACCAAUAUGAAGGUUUAGAGUCAUUCGGAUAUUUUUAAUAUAUACUCAUAAUGUCAUUUUUUCCCCGAUUCAUUACAUUUUAUAGAUGAUAAUAGAUCAAAUUAAACAAGUUCAACUGCUGUGAAAUUACAUUUUGUCUAUCCAGAAACUACAUUUCCUCCUUCCUUGGACAGGUACAAACAUGCCUGUCCAUCUCCAACUUGGGUUAAUUAUUAUAUAAUUAUUUUUUAUAUUAUUACUGUCAAUACAUAUUUGUUGAGCAAUAAGAGUAAACUGAUAUUGUGCUGGUAAACAAAAAUUAUCUGCAUCUGGUCUAGUACUGUUGUGUAUCCAAACUGUAUGAGGGACUUAAUAGGACUGGCCACAGGUAGUUCAUGUAGUAGAAACAGUGGUAGGUUUUGCAGUUCAUAUUGUUUGUCUUAUGUUCUUGUGUCAAGAAAACUAUUUGAGGAAAAUAAAAGACCAUUUGUUCCGUCA